AUGCGGAACAAGUGCCAAGAGGAAAAGAAUGAGCUGCGCAGGCAGUGCGCCGAAGACGCAAAGGAGGAAAGCAAAGCAUGCGAGGACCGCGUAAAAGUUAUUCAAGAGCAGCUUACUGAAUGCCGUGACAAGAAUCUACAGGAUACCCGAUGGGUGUCCAAUCCAGGCCUUCUGGGCACUGAGGUCAAAGCCAAGGCCGUGGCCUUCUCCCCGAAAAAUGAGAGAAUGGCAGUCGGAGAGCUCAGUCCUCAAAGAGUUGUAGUGUGGGAUAUGAAAACUCGGCAGCCCUUGGCUGGAUGGGAAACGGGAGCUGGAGCUGGCAUGCCUAUGAGUGUUGCAUUGUCCCCAGAUGGUACCAAGGUCCUUUGUGGAACAUACGAGGGAGCGGUCAAGAUGUGGGAUGUAAGCACCAGCUCUGAGCAGAUAUUCCAAGAGCCAAAGGGCCGCGUGAGCCGUGUGAACCGAGUUGCAUUCUCUCCAGAUGGCAGGCAAGUUGCGGCCGGAUUGGCUGAUGGAAAAGUCCUGAUAUGGGACGUGUCAACAAAUACCCAGAUCACUACUCAAGGGCAUUCUGGUGCUGUGCAGGCUUUGGAGUUUUCGCCCACAAGCGGGAAGCUUGUUUCAGGAUCGAAGGAUAAGACAAUUCGAUUUUGGGAUCCGCGGACUGGAAGGAAAGACAAUGAGAUCUCUCACCCGGGUGGUGGUCUCAAUGCAAUCGCAUUUUCGCCUGACGGAAAGAGCCUGGCAUCUGGAUCGGAUGACAGUAGUGUUAGGGUGUGGAAUGCUGAGACACUAGCUCAGCGUCGGCUUCUCCCUGCUCAUACGGGCCCUAUUAAUGACUUGGCCUUCUCCGCUGACGGCAGGCAGCUUGCCUCUGUAUCGGAUGAUGGAACACUUAGGAUCUGGUCUCUUGCAGAUGACUACGUCCUUAGUUCACACCAACAGCGCAAGGCUGAAGCUGUUGCAUUCUCCCCAGAUGGAAAAUAUCUUGCAUCUGUCGUGGCUUUGGAGGGAUUGUUGUUGUGGACGCGCAAUUAA